AUGAUUGAAUGGAAGUUCUUGUUUUAUUCAAGUGAUUUGUCUUUGUACGUACAAUUACUUUUAGCUUCUGACUGCAUUCAUUUCUUGCAGCAAGUAUCAGAAUUCGAUUUGUUUACACUGGACGAUAUUGAUUCUGCAUUCCAAAAUAUUACCAGAUUGACCUACUCGCAGAAUUACCAUAUUCCUGGUAAAGGAGAAGGAAUAGUCAUUGCUCCCCAUGCUGCUGGUCAUCUCUUAGGAGGCACAGUUUGGAAGAUUACCAAAGAUGGGGAAGAUGUUAUAUAUGCCGUUGAUUUCAAUCAUCGUAAAGAAAGGCAUUUGAAUGGAACUGUUUUAUUAUCUUUUGCCCGCCCUGCCGUUUUAAUUACAGAUGCUUACAAUGCUCUGAAUAAUCAACCAUCAAGACGUCAAAGAGACCAAGAAUUUUUAGAUGCCAUACUGAAGACAGUGAGAGCAGAUGGAAACGUAUUGCUACCUGUGGAUACUGCAGGUCGAGUGUUGGAGCUGAUUUUAAUACUGGAACAGUUCUGGGAACAACACCAAUUGACAUAUCCGAUCUUCUUCCUUACAUAUGUUGCGUCGAGCACAAUUGACUAUGCCAAGAGUUUUCUUGAGUGGAUGAGCGACUCAAUAGCAAAAUCCUUUGAGCACACACGCGACAAUGCAUUUCUGUUGAAGUAAGAAAUAAAGUUUAAA